GAAAAUAAUCAGAUGACUGACAAGUACUUUGAUUUGAAAAACCCUGUGGAGUGGGAUAUCGUCGGGAGUUUGCGAGAUAUUGUGAGCACAUCAGCCAAUGCUGAUACGAUAAGGCAGGCAUUAAAUCUUCAGGAAAAAGCUAAAGUGAGUGUAGAUUUUUCUUGUACAUAUGUGAUGUUGCAACUGGAUAGAAGUUCUCUUAGGCCGUGGUCAUAUCAACGGUUUAGUUGGUUUGGCUCUCUACAACUACGCGGGAAUUCUGCUGAUCGAGCACGUCGAAAAGGAGGACCUUUAGAUAAGAUGUGGGUAUCCGUUGAAGUCGAGCUAAAAGAGAAGAAAUUAACAGAUCUUCAGUUACAUGGACUACUACAGGCAACGCAGGAGAGUCAAAAUUAUGCGAGUACGUUAAAUCGCGGUGCCUUGAAUAGGCUAGAGGACGUCAUCGAUUCAAAUAAGCAUAAGAGUGAACCUGUUGACUUGAAGAGAAAAAUGACAGAAUCCAAUGCGCCACAAACGCCACGAAAGAAAGGCCCACAUGUCUCAUUCUCAGCAAUCUCACCGCAUAAACCGCUCCUGACAAAGGAGAUGAUGGCAAAUCUUGCGCCAACAUUAGUACCAGGGUUGAAAUCGCUUAUAUCAAAUCUUGAAGUUCAACACGAAGACAUUGCCAAAGAAAUAAAGCGUCAUUCGUGCGACCAAGUCAAACUAGUCAGCUUGCCGGCAUCACUAGUCACAUGGCUACGUUUUGUUCUUGCUAGUACUGUAGACGAGUUUGAUGAGAAGGUGAAUAUGCAAUUAAAGGAUGCUAAUGAGUAUGAAAAUGACUUGCGUAUUGUCUUUCGGGGUACAUUAAUCGACUUUCAUACCAUGAUCCGCCGUGCAAAAAGUCACACUAUUGAAAGGCACGCAUCCGAAAGAAAAUUUAUAUUAGAACAGGUUUCUAUUCCAUUCAAGUAUAUCGAAUAUGUAUUUGAGCUGGUAACAUUUAACUGGGUGGAGAAAAAUAUGAUGAUGACUAAGGCAUUGCAAUUUGUCGAAGAUCCGGACAAGAAAACGACGACUUACAAAGUAGAUGCAUUGGCUAUUGUUAAGGAGAAUCGUAGAGAGUUUGCGACAAUCGAGGUAUCUGGCGGACCAAUUGAGCAGGAUCGUCCCCAUACACUGGGAGAUACCAAGAAGACAUUGCUGGAAGGAUGUGAGAUGCUUCAAGUUGACCGGAUUGUCCUAGUCGAAAUUUCUGUGCAUGAAUCUGGCUUUAAAGCCGUAGAAGUACGAAGUGCACGGUGGCCAUUUUCGUGGAACUCGGUGGCAGAAUACAUGCAUAUAUUUGAGUUAAUUGCUUAUUUUAUGAAAAAUCUUCGCGAUCAGGAGAAAGUAAUUAACGUGAUGGCCAGUGAGCAUCGCGGUAUAAUUGAGGUUAAGUCUAUCACAGUUCGCCAGUGGCUAAAAAGUGUACAAGAUACUUUGAACAAUAAUUCUGCGAUUUAA